AUGUCUCAUUUAUUUCUCCUCAUCAGCCUAGUCAUAGCCCUGCUGGGCAACCUUUGUCUUGCAAGCCCGUCCGGCACCCGUGCCGUGGCUGCAAGGACCCACAAACGCGCGGACUGUACUCCCACCCUCACAGGGCUUGAGAAUACUUUGUCUGCCGAUUGGAUCCUGGGUAAAAAGCCAACCGGACAGCAGGUCCGUGUCUCCUUGAGUGCUGACAAGCAGAACCUGCGAGUGGAGUACCCGGCCUACAAGGAUUACCAAUAUGAAACGGUGAGUGUGUGGCUGGGGACCGGGGCACCCACCGGUACCGCCCCCGGAAGCUAUCCCUGGGGUUCGAACAAGAAAUCCCCCAGAUGCACGGUCUCGGGUACCAGCGCAUCUUGUGAGAUCCCUCUGAGUGAGGCCUUGCCAAAUGUCAACCUGUGCCCGGACAAGCCCAUCAACAUUGUGACGCAUGCCAGCGUGAAAAGUCCCACGCUGGGCUCCGAAGGCGGGACCGGCGGCCUCCCGACGCAGUGCAUCAAGCUAUCCUGUAAUCCCUGGUUCACCUUCUGGACCUUCCGGACGAAGUGUGGGUGCGAUAAUCCCCCGCCGCCGCCGCCGCCGCCGCCGCCGCCCGACAACGGACAAUGGUGCGAUUUCGGCUCCGCGUUCGGGCAUUCGGCGUCCCCGCCAGGGGUUGCGCUGGAAUGCAACCCCCCUUGGGGAUGGUCAAACCAGAUCGACUCGGCCCCGCUCGGGGGCACGCUGUGGGUGGGCGCCCUCCCCAACUACAACGAUAUUAACGUGAACGCCGUCAACGUCGGGCCCUUCGUGGCCUUUCUCGAUGGUGGAAAGGUUCAUUUCAGGUACACUGUGGACGUCGAUUACAGGAUCACCGCAGUCCAUGCCCAUGUUGCCUGUCUACCUUCUCUCGCCACGUGUUCCCUGGACCAGUAUGCAAUCAAAAUCGACGGGUUGAUGGUUCAGGAGUAUGAGACCCCCUCGGUGUCUGUUGACUGCAACAAGCCGUAUAUCAUUGUGCAUGCCCGAAUCCAGAAAAAGAAAACAGAGGCUGCAUGCCCUAGUCCCAGGAACACGGGUGCGCAUUAG